AUAAAUACAGCGGCGGUCACAUGAUCUGAAAACGGCAACUAAGAAAAUCUUAAGAUAUGUUUUUACUCGUUCUACUAUACGGUUUUAUAACCUUGACCUUGAGUGUUCCUCGUCAGUAUGUGUUUGUGAAUGAAUCCAAGACUUGGGCAGAAGCUCAGAGAUACUGUAGAGAUAAAUACACUGAUCUGGCCACCAUUAAAAAUGAACAACAGACAAUCCAGUUACUGGACACAGUGAAUGAUGAUUCCAUUGAUUUGGCCUGGAUUGGACUCUACGAUGAUCUGAAAAGCUGGAGAUGGACUUUGGAGGACAGAGAUUUCUUCAAGGCAGGAGAGAAAGAAUUCAGAAACUGGAAUAACCUAGUGCCAUACAAUUAUGGAGGACAAAGACUGUGUGUAUAUAUUUACAGUGGGAUAUGGUACAUGGCAUACUGCACAGAAAUAUGGCCUUUUAUCUGCUAUGAUGGAAGACAGAACUCCAGUGCUAGUUAUGUUUUUAUUCAUCAGCACAAAACCUGGACUGAGGCUCAGAGUUACUGUAGAGAGCAUCACACAGACCUUGUCAGUAUCAGGAAUGAGAUUGAGAACUACAGGGUUCAAAGCAGGUCUUGGUCAGAUCAGAGCAACUCUUCAUUCAGUAACUGGAGGUCAGGACAGCCUGAUAAUGCUGGAAACAGUGAAUACUGCACUGCUGUGUCAUUCAGUGACUCUGGGAGCUGGACAGAUGAAAACUGCAAUAUAACAUUACCUUUCUUUUGCUACAGUGUGUCAUUGCUGGGAUCAUCCCGUCAGUAUUACUUUGUGAAUCAGUCUUUGAGCUGGACUGAAGCUCAGAGAUUCUGCAGACAGAAUUACACUGAUCUGGCCACCAUUGAUAACAUGGAGGAAAUGAACAGGCUGAUUAACACAGUCAAUGGCAGUUACAAUGGUUCAGCCUGGAUUGGUCAGUAUGAUGAUGUGAACAGCUGGAGAUGGUCACUGGAAGACAAUGAUUUCUAUCAGGAAGGAGAAAGAGAUUACAGGAACUUUUAUCAUGAACCUGACAACAGUGGUGGAAAAGAACUGUGUGUUUACAUGAAUCAUGAUGGUAAAUGGUAUGAUGUGUCAUGUGACAACAUACUGCCAUUUUUUUGCUAUGAUAGUAAGGCAUUUUUAAAUGUUACCUCAUAACUCACAAAUUUCUAUUUAUACAUUUGAUGUUUUAAAUAUUUCCGACAUCAGGUAGACAGAACGCCAUACAGAGUUACAUCAGAAUCAAUUUCAGUAAAACCUGGACAGAGGCUCGUAGAUACUGCAGAUAUUAUUACACAGAUCUCGUUAAUGUGAGAUAUCAGACUGAAAACCAGAAGAUUCUUGAGACAGCAGGUGGAGGUGUCUGGAUCGGACUUUACAGAAAUAGGGUUUGGUCUGACCAACAGAUUACAAGUUAUGAAAACUGGAAACCAGCUAUUCCCUCUUCACAACCUCAACCAGACAAUGGCGAAUAUGAUUAUGGUCAGUGGGGCUUUCAGCUCUGUAGAGCCGUAUCUUUCAGACAUUUAGGACAAUGGACUGAUGAGAACUGCCUUACCAAAAUGCCUUUCAUUUGCUACAAAAGUAAGUUAAUUGUUUGAUUGUGUUGGUUAAAAGGGAUUCAUCGAGAAAAUAAAAUGUGUUAAAAUUUCGCUUUUUAUCAUACAGUGAUUUGCUCUAGAUCUUUGUGUGCUCGUCAGUAUCACUUUCUGAAUCAAUCUUUGAGUUGGACAGAUGCUCAGAGAUUCUGCAGACAGAAUUACAGUGAUCUGGCCACCAUUGAUAACAUGGAGGAAAUGAACAGGCUGAUUAAAACAGUUCGUGGGACUUACUAUGGCAAAGGUUGGAUUGGACUGUAUGAUGAUCCAAAUAAUUGGAGAUGGUCCCUGGAUAACGCAGCUUUAGAAGCAGGUCUUGGUCAGAUCAGAGCAACUCUUCAUUCAGUAACUGGAGGUCAGGACAGCCUGAUAAUGCUGGAAACAGUGAAUACUGCACUGCUGUGUCAUUCAGUGACUCUGGGAGCUGGACAGAUGAAAACUGCAAUACUGCCUUUCCUUUCAUUUGCUACAGUGCUUUAGCAUCAUCCCAUCAGUAUCAUUUUGUGAAUCAGUCUAUGAGCUGGACUGAAGCUUAGACAUUCUGCAGGCAGAGUUACACUGAUCUGGCCACCAUUGAUAACAUGGAGGAAAUGAACAGGUUGAUUAACACAGUCAAUAAUAGUUACAAUGGUUCAGCCUGGAUUGGUCAGUAUGAUGAUGUGAACAGCUAAAGAUGGUCACUGGAAAACAAUGAUUUCUAUCAGGAAGGAGAAAGAGACUUCAGAAACUGGUUUUAUGAACCAAACAACUAUAACGGGAAUGAAAUGUGUGUGUACAUGGACAGAAGUGGAAAGUGGUUUGAUUCAUCAUGUGACAAUUCUUUUACAUUUGCUUGCUAUGAUGGUAAAGAAAAUUCCUCUCAAAAGUAUGUUUGGGUAUCUGAGUACAAGACCUGGACUGAAGCUCAGAGCUACUGCAGAGAGACAUACACAAACCUGGCUAGUGUAAGGAAUGAGACAGCGGCAACAGAUACUGAACGUUACAUAUUUAAGCUAUAAUUAUGGGUAUCAUAUAUGGAUUGGUCUACACAAAAACAGACUGUGGUCAGAUCAGAGCAGCUCUUCCUUCACAUAUUGGCUGCCAUGGACUGCAGGUGUUGAUGCACAACCAGAUAAUGGUGCAAAUGUCCCAGGAGAACAGGGGGCCCAACACUGUACAACUGUGUCUUUAAAAUACUUUGGUCAGUGGUCAGAUGAGAGAUGUUUUGCCAGCUUGCCCUUCUUCUGUUACAGUGAUGUGUAUGUGAUGGGACUGAGAGUGAAACUUACAAGUGCGGAAAAUUUAUCGCAGUCUCAGAUUGAAGAGCAGUUGAUUAUACAGCUCCAGGAAGAAUUUAUCAGACAAGGACUUCCCAGACACUUCACCAUACAUUUGAGAAACGUCCGUAAAACCAGUCCAUGAGAAACAAAGACAGCCCUCCUUCACACAAGGCAAAUGGUUUAAGCUUUCAGGUGCCACUGUUUGCAAAACUAUAAUACAUAUGAUCUUUCGAUCUCACCAUAUAAUCUUAUUAGUUUUGUGGAAAAAUUGAAUUGUUCUAGUAUUUUACUCUCUCUGCUUCUGCAUUCUUGACAAUUAAAAAACUGUUUUUCUGUUCCAUUAGAAGAGAACCUGCUGUUAAUUUUUCUUCAAGUGUAAACUGCAGUCUUUUGUUAUUCUGUUACUUAAUGUAUGUUCAUUAGUGCAUUAAUAAAAAGAUGACAAAUACACAAACCACAAA